AAAAGAUUGGCGCUAUAAAGCCCGGCAAACCAGUUCAUCCCUCACACUUUGAGAAGUUUCGCCGUCCAGCAAGGUUGGCAUCUUCUUCACAUCCGCUUCAAUCCUUGUGGCAAUGACCGCAAAUUCAUUACGUGUUUUGGCGUUACUGGCCAGUUUGGUCGUCGCCUUGCCGGUGGUGGAGAACUUGGCUGUCAAACGUCAGGUCGUUCAACCUGCUGCCGAACGUUCGGGAUCGUUUUAUCGCGGGGCAGUCGAAUCUCCGCCGCAGAUCAUCCAGGCCGGUCCGGGAUUCCAAAGGAGCUCGGUUGAAUAUCGUCCCAAUCCCGAUUUCAGGCCCCGCAACCCAUUGGCUCUCAAGAACUUUAACAUUGGCGUUUUCCUGUCGCAGUUCUACUUCCCAUCGCUGCAAGUCGAUCACUACCGCCAACAGUUUCCCGCCUAUGCUCCGUUUGUUCUUCCGACGUAUGUCGAUAACUUGUUGAUCCAAAAAGAUAUAACUGUCAAAGAGAGCUGCACAAAUGGCCAGGGUCUGCGACCUAACCCGAGUGACUGUUCCGGCUAUCAAAUGUGCAACCAUGGCCAAUGGGUGAGCAUGUCGUGUGCCGAUGGACUGUAUUGGAAUGCCGAACUUGCCAUUUGCGAUUGGCCAGCUAAUGUUCGAUGCGCCUUGCCCGAAAGCUCCCAACCGGCCCCUCAACCAAGUUCUACCACGGCGGCUCCUGAGCCCUCCGUCGUCACAUCGGCUGCUCCGGCCUCCCCUGAGCCUUCCGUUACAUCGGCUGCUCCGGCUUCCCCUGAGCCUUCCGUUACAUCGGCUGCUCCGGCUGUUCCAUCCACCACGUUGGCUCCAGAAACAGCUGCAACACCGUCACCACCUUCUUCUUCCGGUCCGGCCAAAGUAAUUUGUUACUAUACAAACUGGUCGUGGUAUCGUCAAGGUGAAGCUAAAUAUGCUCCGGCUGACAUUGAUCUGAAGCUCUGCACCCACAUUUUGUACGGAUUCGCCACUUUGGACCCCAACAAGGGAAUUAUGCAGGUCUUUGAUUCCUGGUCAGACACGGACGAAUACGGCCCGAGUCUCUAUGCCAAGGUAGUGGCUCUCAAGAAACACGGAAUCAAAGUCUUGAUUGCCUUGGGAGGAUGGAACGAUUCAGCCGGAGGCAAAUACAGUGUUAUGGUCAACAAUCCAGCAUCCAGGCGUCGUUUCAUUGAAAAUGCCAUGAUUUUCAUUGAAAAUUACGGAUUCGACGGACUCGAUCUUGAUUGGGAAUACCCAAAAUGUUGGCAGGUGGAUUGCAAUGCUGGCCCAGCUUCCGACAAACCGGCUUUUGCGGCUUUCGUUAAGGAAUUGCGAGAGGCUUUCAAUCCUAAAGGUUGGCUCCUAACUGCGGCCGUUUCACCAUCCAAAGCCGUUAUCGAUGCCGGUUAUGACAUCCCGUCUCUCUCACGCGACUUGGAUUGGAUUGGUGUCAUGACCUACGAUUACCACGGCCAUUGGGACAAAAAGACGGGCCAUGUAGCUCCACUGGGCUUCCACUCGGAGGCAGAUGUCGCCUACUUCAACACGGAAUAUACUCUGAACUACUGGAUCCGUGGUGGAGCUGACCCUGGCAAAGUCAUCAUGGGUAUCCCACUGUACGGCCAGUCAUUCACCUUGGAAAAUCCCAGCAACAAUGGACUCAACGCUCCGGCUAAAGGAACUGGAUCGGCCGGAGAAUUCACCCGCCAAGCUGGAUUCCUCGCUUAUUAUGAAAUUUGCAAGACGAUUGCCAACGGAGGAUGGAACGUCGUCCAGGACGAAGAAGGUAAACUCGGUCCCUACGCUUACCGUGGCGACCAAUGGGUUUCGUUUGAUGACGUAAACAUGGUCCGCAAAAAAUCCGAAAUUGCCAAAGCGAUGAAAAUUGGUGGCGCCAUGAUCUGGGCCCUCGAUUUGGACGACUUCCGCAACAAAUGCGGAUGCGAGACCUACCCUCUGCUUAAAACCAUCAACAGGGUUUUGCGAAACUAUCCUGCAUCCAGCGCUAAAUGCGACAUCAAAUCUGUUCCAGGAGUUUUCCAAACGACUGCUUUGACCAAGAGCGUUUGCCAAGAGAAUUCUUACAAACCACAUGAAUCUGAUUGUACCAGCUAUUAUCACUGCGUUUUUGGACAAUGGAGUGCUCACACCUGCCCGAAUGGCUUGUUCUGGAACAAGGAAUACUGUGAUUGGCCUUACAACACCCAAUGCGGAGAUGGUAGCCAAACUUAUGUCCCACCUGUUCCUUCUCCAACAGCCGCUCCUUCCGCUCCUGUCGCUCCUUCUGAAACAUCUACGUCGAGUGGUGCCUACGUCGAAUGGAAACCAUCGACCACCACAGCCAAACCGACACCUAGCCCCUUCCCGGAGGUGACACUACCUGACACAGGUUUCAAAGUCAUCUGUUAUUUCACCAACUGGGCCGGAUACCGAACAGGAGAGGGUAAAUACAAGCCGGAAGACAUCGAUCCGGCCAUGUGCACGCAUAUUAUUUACGGAUUCGCCACUCUCAGCCCCAGUGAGCUGACUAUGCGAGUGUUUGACUCCUGGGCCGACACCGAUGAAUACGGACCCAAUCUCUAUGCUAAGGUCACGGCGCUGAAGAAAAAUGGUAUCAAGGUGUUGAUUGCUUUGGGUGGAUGGAACGAUUCUUUGGGCAGCAAGUACAGCCAACUGGUUAAUAAUCCAACGGCCAGGAAACGGUUUGUUGACAACGCAGUUGCAUUCGUGGAGAAAUACGGAUUCGAUGGAUUGGAUCUCGAUUGGGAAUACCCCAAGUGUUGGCAGGUGGAUUGCAAAGCUGGACCAGAUUCAGACAAACCUGCAUUCACUGCUUGGGUAAGAGAGCUUAGCGAAGCGUUCAAACCUCGCGGCUGGUUGCUCUCCUCCGCCGUUUCACCGUCCAAAACUGUCAUCGAUCUCGGCUACGAAGUUGCGGCACUGUCCCCUUACUUUGACUGGAUUGGUGUUAUGACAUACGAUUAUUUCGGUAACUGGGACAAGACGACCGGACACGUUGCUCCACUCUACGCCCAUUCGGAAGUGGAGAAUAAAUAUUUCAACACGAAUUUCACACUCAAUUACUGGAUCGAACUUGGCGCUGAUCCGUCCAAAAUCAUCUUGGGAAUGCCUAUGUACGGACAGUCAUUCACCCUCGAAGAUCCCACAAGUAAUGGUCUUAACGCCAAAUCAAAAGGACCGGGUGAAGCUGGAGAAUUCACUCGCCAAGGAGGUUUCCUCGCCUUUUACGAGAUUUGUCAUCGUAUGAAACAAGGUGGUUGGACAGUGGUUCAAGAUCCUGAAGGAGCUAUGGGACCUUAUGCUUACAAAGGUAAUCAAUGGACAUCAUUUGACGACGUCGCCGUCAUUCGUCGAAAAUCUGAACUUGUGAAAUCAAUGAACAUCGGCGGAGCUAUGAUUUGGGCGUUGGAUCUGGAUGACUUUAGUAAUCGAUGCGGAUGCGAGCGCUACCCGUUGCUCAGGACCAUUAACCGUGUCUUGCGUAAUUAUCCCACACCCGACCCGAACUGCAAUUACGCCUAGAAAUCGUGCGAAAUAUUCGAAUGAAAACUACGUAAUCCCCUUAUAGAUACUUCAAGUUACGUCAAUAUUGGAUGCUUUUAAUGGCACCGAACAUCGCUAUCGCCAUAAAAUAUCAAUUCAUUUUCUCUGUUAUACGGUUGAAUCCGUUCCUGGGUAUUUGGGUGCAGAAUUUUCACUGCCUUGUGAACUUUGGGUUAUCUUACGUAUAAUUUAAUUUUGUAGAGCCACCUUCCACGUUUGAUUUCCAAUAAAAUUGUCAGCAUCUUCA